GACGGGGUGGGGUCAGCAUUGGCUCCUCCAGCUGGUGCUUGGUGCUGGGUGAAAGUGAGUGCGGGGCUGGGGGUGGGCGCAUUGGUGCUGGCAGAGUGGCGAGCAUGCCGAGGCCGGGGCCGGACCAGCCCUGACGGCCUGCGGGCUGUGCAGGGGCUAGGGCCGCGUUCUGCGGAGUAGUGCGCAGCUCCCGACCGCCUACUCCUGGCACCGAGACCCGAGGGCCGCCGGACGCGGUCCUUUCACCACUUGCUUCUGGAGCUGCGAGGGCGAUUCUGGCGCGGAGGCCCGGAUCCGUGCGGCAGUGAGGGACCCUGGGUUCCUCCCGCCGUGGGCUUUCGCCGCUCUGCCUUCUCUUCCUGCCCAUCCCUUAGGAAGGACCCCACAGGAAGGAAGGAGAAGGCAAUGGCUGCUGGGCUGCUACCAUGGGGGGCUCAGUUUCAGGAGUCAGCGACACUCAAGGAUGUGUGUGGAUUUCACCUGGGAAGAGUGGAUUCCUCUAGCCUGUGCUCCGAGGAAGUUGUGUGGGAACAGGACACUGGAGAACUACAGGAGUGUGCUCUUGCUGGACUGGCAGACAAGACUUGAAACCAAAAAGACAACUCCAAAGCCCAACAUUACUGAAGAUUUAUCCUAUCUGGUAAUAAUGGAAAGGGAAGGUCUCUGGCAUUCUUCUUUAGGGGAGACUUGGGAACAUGAUAAUUGGUUAGAGGGGCAACAGAAAAACCCAGAUAGACAUCUGGGUGAAGUGGCAAUUACCCAUAAGGAAACCCUCACUGAGAGGAAGGUAUGUAGAGGUAAUGAAUUUGGAAGAUGUUCCAGUCAGGGUUCAAUCAUUGAUAUACAACAAAGUAUUCCUAUGGGAAAAAGGUCCUGUUAUCAAAAUUCACAUGGAAAAGAUAUUAAACAAAAUUCUGAAUUAAUUAAGAUUCAAAGAAUGCUGAUAGGAAAGAAAAUCUAUGAAUGUAAUGAAUGUGGGAAAGCCUUCAGCCAGAGCUCAUCCCUUCUUAAGCACCAGAGGAUUCAUACUGGGGAGAAACCCUAUAAGUGUAAUGUAUGUGGGAAGCACUUCAUUGAACGCUCCUCCCUUACUGUACAUCAAAGAAUUCAUACUGGAGAGAAACCCUACAAAUGUAAUGAGUGUGGGAAAACCUUCAGUCAAAGCAUGAACCUUACAGUUCAUCAAAGAACUCAUACUGGAGAAAAACCAUACCAGUGUAAAGAGUGUGGAAAAGCUUUCCGUAAGAAUUCAUCCCUUAUUCAACACGAAAGGAUUCAUACUGGUGAGAAACCUUACAAAUGUAAUGAGUGCGGGAAAGCUUUUACCCAAAGUAUGAAUCUCACAGUGCAUCAAAGAACUCAUACAGGAGAAAAACCCUAUGAAUGUAAUGAAUGUGGGAAGUCUUUCAGUCAAAGUAUGCAUCUUAUUGUACAUCAGAGAAGUCAUACUGGAGAGAAACCCUAUGAGUGUAGUGAAUGUGGAAAAGCCUUUAGUAAGAGCUCAACUCUUACCCUGCAUCAACGAAAUCACACUGGAGAAAAACCCUACAAAUGUAACAAAUGUGGGAAAUCCUUUAGCCAAAGUACAUACCUUAUAGAACAUCAGAGACUUCAUUCUGGAGUAAAACCUUUUGAAUGUAAUCAGUGUGGAAAAGCUUUCAGUAAGAAUUCAUCUCUUACUCAGCAUCGGAGGAUUCAUACUGGAGAGAAGCCUUAUGAGUGUGUUAUAUGUGGAAAGCAUUUCACUGGGCGAUCAUCCCUUACUGUACAUCGGGUUAUUCAUACUGGAGAGAAACCUUACGAAUGCAGUGAAUGUGGAAAGGCCUUCAGCCAGAGUGCAUACCUUAUUGAGCAUCAAAGAAUUCAUACUGGUGAGAAACCCUAUGAAUGUGAUCAGUGUGGCAAAGCCUUUAUUAAGAAUUCGUCCCUUACAGUACAUCAGAGAACUCAUACAGGAGAGAAACCCUAUCAGUGUAAUGAAUGUGGGAAAGCAUUCAGUCGGAGUACAAACCUUACACGACAUCAGAGAACUCAUACGUGAGGAAAGUUUUCAUCAGGCCCUUUACCAUGGUUAACUUUUCAGUGAUAAUUAGAUAAGUCAUGUAAUGUAGAAAUUGAAUAAAUGUGAACAUUUUGGGAAUCUUUUGGUUGAUGUAUAUUGUAUCAUGUCAGAUGAUACAGACCAUUGCAGAGAAACCAUAAAAAAGUGGAAAAUCUUAAUUCAGAAAGUAAAACUUUGUAUCAGAAGGUUUAAUAUUCUAAAGAACAAGGAUUCAUGCUGAAGAUAAGUUCUGUUAUAUCAUAUUGCAGAUUCUCCUUUAGUUAUCAGAGACUUCACAGUGGAGAGGAAAUGUGAGAGUGCUUCACUGGACAGCUGAAAGAUCUGGAAUGUACUCUGAUCUGUCACUAACUUGGAAAAGUCACCUACUCUUACCAGGUCACAAUGUCCUUAUUUGGUAAAAGGGUUUUUGGAUUUAGAAAGUCUUCAGGAUCCCUGUGAGCUCUACAAAGCAACAAACCUAUAAAUAUAAUGAAUGCUGGGACAUCCUUAAUCUUUUACCAUGUUAUAUAUGUUAUUAGAUGCCCCUGUUUUACAACCUAGUUUCCCUCAGUGUUGUGUGUUAAAAUUCUCUACCUCUACCAAACUUUUUAUUUCUCCAUGUUCCCCCUUCUCCCUGCAUUAUUCUGUCGCCUAAAAUACAGGCUGGUUGCUAACAGAUGCUGGGAUACCUGUACAAAUCUUAAUGCAACAGCAUGGUGUUUUGAGUUCUCAACAGCUAUUAAAUUGUUAAAUAAGCUAAUUAUUUUUAAAUAUAGUGUUUACAUAGGAUUCAAAUACGUAUCUUUGUAUCAUACUGUAUUGAAAUGGAAAGAAUAGGCUAGACACUAAGACAUGAAAAAUUGACAUAUUAAGAAAGUCUUUGUAACUCAAAACAUAUUCAGAACAAUCUUACAGAGAUUUUAUAGUUCUAUAGAUAUGAUAGUAGAACAACUUUUAUUUAUUUCACAUACAUUCAAUAAGUGCUAAAUAUGUGCUAAGAUGAUUAGAAAAUCAAAGAAUGUGCUAUAGCACUGGCUGGUGUGGCUCAGUCGUUGAGUGCCAGCCUGUGAAUCAAAGAGUCAAAGGUUUGAUUCCCAGUCAGGGCACAUGCCUGGGUUGUGGGCCAGGUCCCCAGUAGGGGGUGUGCAAGAGGCAGCCACACACUGAUAUUUCUCUCCCUCUCUCCCUCCCUUCCCCUCUCUAAAAAUUAAAUAAAAUCUUAAAAAUAA